GCCAUUUCAAAGAUUCACUUCUAAAUAGUCAUAGAUACUAUGGAUACAAAACAAAGCAAAUAUACCCCUUUGGAAUUUCUCCUUAUUAUAGCCAUAUGUGCAACAAAAACGCUUUGUCGUCCUUUGGAAGAAGUGUACUUGUUGAAUCUUCAUGAGCAAUGGAUGGAUCAACAUGGACGUACGUACGAAGAUGCAGGCGAGAAGCAGAAACGAUAUGCCGUUUUUAAGGACAACGUAGAACGUAUUGAAGCAUUUAACAAUGGUGUGGAUCGUGGAUACAAGCUAGGAGUUAACAAAUUUGCAGACUUAACAGAUGAAGAAUUUCGAACUAUGCACCUUGGUUAUAAGAAACCUGCUUCUUCCUCCAAGUUGAUGGCUUCUUCGUCUAAGUUUAGAUCUUUUAGAUAUGGAAAUUUUACUGCUGUUCCUGAUAUCCUUGAUUGGAGAAAGAAAGGGGCAGUAACCCCUGUUAAGGAUCAGGGAUCAUGCGGAUGUUGCUGGGCAUUCUCAGCAGUGGCAGCCACGGAAGGAAUCACAAAGCUCAAAACUGGGAAGUUGAAAUCACUAUCAGAGCAAGAACUAGUGGACUGUGACAUAAAAGGCGAGGACGAAGGUUGUGAUGGAGGUUUCAUGGACAGUGCCUUCCAAUAUAUUCUACAAAACAAAGGCAUCACAAGUGAAUCUAAUUACCCAUACAGAGGAUCAGACGGCAUCUGCAACAGGGAGAAAGCAGCAACUCCGGCAGCUGAUAUAACAGGCUAUGAAGAUGUGCCAUCCAACAAUGAAAAAGCUCUCCUGCAAGCUGUGGCUAACCAGCCAGUUUCUGUUGCUAUUGAUGGUAGUUCAUAUGAUUUUAGAUUUUACUCGAGUGGUGUCUUUAAUGGCGACUGUACCACCUACCUUGACCAUGCUGUUACUGCUAUUGGGUAUGGAACCGCCGGCGAUGGGACAAAGUAUUGGUUGAUUAAGAAUUCAUGGGGCACAAGCUGGGGCGAGGGUGGGUAUAUGAUGAUGCAGAGAGACGUCAGUGCAAAGGAAGGCCUUUGUGGUAUUGCCAUGAAAGCUUCUUAUCCAACUGCAUAAUUAAGGAAGAAUAGUUUGUCUGUAUAUGUAUAGAUCAUGCAAUUUGAAUAAGUUUAUUGUUUGUAAAUGUUCUGCUAUCUUAAUUUGGACAAGUACAGAAGUUUAUAAUAUUUUAGUGGGCAAAUAUUUGCCUUGUAAUGUGAAAAAUUAAUGGAA